GUUGGUGGAAACAUCGCGAUCAUGCUGGUCGGAAACAAAAGGGAUUUGCGGCACCUGCGAGCUGUCUCCACAGAAGAAGCCAAGGCCUUCGCCAAGGAGAAUAACCUAUUUUUCAUCGAAACGUCCGCCUUUGAUGAUACAAAUGUUAGGGCUGCUUUUUUGAACCUCCUCACAGAGAUCUAUCGAAAGACAUUGCCAAAGCAGGUACGAUACGGCUCUGAAGACAAAGGUCGAGUUAUCAACGUCCGAUCCUUUCAAGUGAAGCAGACAGAAAACUUGAAUGGCCGAAAAGACGAAUGUUGCCUCAAAGUCCCCGAGCAAUGCAAGAGAUUCUACCUUCAGGCAUUGCACUGUUGGCCGGACCAGCUGGAUCUGUAUUGCCUACGGAACUCCAGCAACAGCAACUGCCUCGCCGUCUAUGAACGGAACGGGACCUUGGUAAAGCGAGACUGCCUCUACGGGGCUGAGGAUUUGAACCCCAACCAAAGUCGCUGCUUCCUCGUGCAGCAAAGCGACAAAUCCCUGUGUUGGUGCGAAUGUGCGGCCGAUGACUGCUUCGCGGGGAAUUGGACGCAUAAGAUGGUUGAGGAUUGCAAUGUUGUGCCGAGGAUACAAGAGCUAGUGAAUACGAAUUCCCAGCAGCCCCCCUUCGGCUUCGUCGAUCUGUCAAUCAACAGUGCCGGAAUGAACGCCCAUGGGAUCCAAGGACAGAACCCUGCCUUUGUUUUCAACAUCCCUAUGAUCGUUGGCUUGUCCCUGGUCGCGCUCGUCUUCCUCCUUCUUUCUAUCUUCCUCGUGCACCGCCUCUCCAACUCCGAAGAGGUCGACGGCGAGGAUGUGACACCUCACGAUGACACCUGCAGGUCCGAGGACACCACGGAUGUCAGCGACGACGAAAUGGAGCCCUCUCGGUGGCAACGCAGGCACUGGCCAGAAACCCAAUCGACGCAGAGUGACAAUUAUUAUAUUUGA